ACUACUUCUAACUGGGAAGGCUGUAAAUAGCUGAGAGCCACAGUUAACGUUAUGUGAUCCGAUGUGAAAACGCUGCCCCAUGUUCUUUCGUGUUUUUACUUUUAAAUAACAGGAUGCGCAUGGAAUACAACACAGAAAACAAAACUACAAGAUGAAAGCGUCCUAAUGGAAAAACUCGGAGGCAAAACAGCGAUUGACAAAACAAUCACCGGGCUCUUGGAGGAACAUCACAUAGAACAGAACGAUAGCGUGACCUUUUCAAUUUCAAAACUUGUGGAAAAAAUAAUAUUGUGUAUGCAUAUGGUGUUUUCUGAAGCAGUGUAUGUGAGGAGUACUGUGUUGUAAUUGGAAGAUUUUAAACUUGUGAAAGCCUGGAAAACUGACCCACCUUAUUCUGCAUUCCCACUUUACAGUAUAAUAAAUCAGGCGGUGGAGAUUCGAAUGAUGUAACGAGCCGAACUAAAGGUCUUGGACUGUUAAUGGGCAUAACUGUUUAUUUACAAGCACCCUCCUAACUGAUUGCAAUUUCAGGUUGGGAAAUUUGGAGCUGCAUGAAGAACCAAAGCGGUGCUGAAAAUGAUACUGGGAUGGAUCUAGCCCAGGCGCUUAGCGUGCUUAACAGUUCGCACGAUGCCAAUGACACAGAAACCCCACAAAUACCACCACACUCUCCUGCUGCUGCCGCUUUUAUCAUCCUGGUGGUCAUCGUAAUUAUCAUCCUGACCAUUGUUGGCAACGUGCUUGUGGUGGUUGCAGUGUCCACGAGCCGAGCUCUCAGGGCGCCCCAGAACCUCUUUCUUGUUUCUCUCGCGUCUGCUGACAUUUUGGUGGCCACUUUGGUUAUCCCGUUCUCCCUGGCUAACGAGGUGAUGGGCUACUGGUACUUCGGUAGCACCUGGUGUGGCUUCUACCUGGCUUUGGAUGUACUCUUCUGCACUUCAUCCAUUGUGCACCUGUGCGCCAUCAGCCUGGAUAGAUACUGGUCAGUGACCAAAGCGGUGCGCUACAACCUCAAAAGGACUCCUAAAAGGAUCAAAUGUAUGAUUGCCAUAGUCUGGGUUAUAUCGGCGGUCAUCUCUUUCCCACCACUGAUCAUUAAAAAAGAAACAAAAAAACACGACUCUGAAUGCCUCCUCAACGGGGAAACAUGGUAUAUAUUAUCCUCCUGUAUAGUAUCUUUCUUUGCCCCCUGCGUAAUUAUGAUUUUAGUUUACUGUAAGAUCUACAAGGUGGCAAAGCAGAGGUCUUCGACUGUUUUUGUCGCCAAGAACGGAUUGGAAAGACAGCCUUCCCAGUCCGAAACCUGUUUCGUGCCCAAGGAUAAGUUUGAGAACGAAAGCCCCAGUAGCCAAAGCUCGGGCAGCAAUCAGAGGCAGGAAGAGCUCGAGGACAUCGACCUCGAGGAGAGCACGUCAGAAAAUAAGCCCAGUAAGAACUCUCGGUUUUCUAAGAAGAGAAAGGUGGAAGGGUCGAGUUGCUGUGCCAAGCAAAACUGUCGAUUGUCCUGGGCUUCAAACCGAGCCUCUCAGCUCUUCGUUGAGCAAAAGAGGAGACAUAACUCUGUUUCAAAGAACAAGGUGGCACAGUUACGGGAGAAAAGAUUCACUUUUGUGUUAGCUGUCGUAAUGGGGGUGUUUGUGCUUUGCUGGUUCCCAUUUUUCUUCACGUACAGUUUGCAGGCAAUCUGUGGGGAUAAGUGCAAUAUUCCCAAAACCCUUUUUGAUCUCUUCUUUUGGAUUGGCUACUGUAACAGUUCCGUAAACCCUAUUAUUUAUACCAUUUUCAACAGGGAUUUUCGCAAAGCUUUUAAGAAAAUCAUAUGUGUAACUGCCAAACUUAAUUAGGGGGGGAUUGUACCGUGUUUCAAAUAAGACCUCUAGAGCUUGUUUAAAGUGAUUUGUCGUUAUUGCUGUUUAUUUAAGUUUGCUGAAGUUCAAUAAAUGUGUUAUCUAUUUUUUUUUAAAAUAGUUGUGUUUUAAAAUAACAGUAAGAAGUAUUUGUUAUAUAUUUGUAAACGCUCUAUCUAUAAUCCCGUGAGAGACAAACUAUUUUUGUUUUGUGUUUUUUUGGGUUGAAAAGGGGAUGAUGAAAUGAUUGAUAGUAUUAUUUUAAACCACUUAAUAGAACACAUUGAUUCAAUUGCUUAAAUAUGUAUAUGUAACCAGCGGGAUGUUUACACCAAUGUUGACAUGCAUUCCAGCCCAUUACGUUCUAAAAUGUGCCAGUCUGCGUUUUUUACGCACGGUCUUAUUCUACACAUUGAAAAACAUGUGUUAAUAAUAAACAAACUACACCGAAGUCCCAGGCCCUUCACAAAUCUGGCAGGAUGUAUAUACUGCAAAAAUAAAUAUUUAAGAAUUAAACGCAAUCUAAGCCAAUCGGUGUCAUUGUUUCU